AAUGUUGAACCAUUUAUCUAUUUAUUUAUUUAUUUAUUCGCAUAUGAAAAUAAACGAGUCUUCACUCAAAAUCUGAAUAUUCUACCUGAAAAAUUAUAAUCACAAGUUCAUGGUAAUUCACCGAUCGAUAAUCUUCAACCUUUCAUCUCUGCGAGAAGGGAAAUCCUUCACACGCAGUAUUGUCUCAGAACAUACUCUACAGGUUGUUGUGGAAAUGAUACUUGAUUAGUUAAUGGUGAAAAGUACUUGUAUCAGAUUCAGAACUGCGAGUGAGUAAAAUGUACAAUGCAAUGGAAGAAACACAAGGCGAGUUUUAUGCUUCCGAUUUACCCGAGUAUGAUUUCAACAGACAAGGGAAUCAUAGGACUGGUAUAACAGGUCUGAAGAAGAGAGGUCAUGUGAGUCGGUCUUGGAUAAAAAUUGAUCAGGAUGGAAACUCCGAGGUUGUGACGCUUGACAAGGCUACUAUUAUGAGAGAUUGCUCGUUGCCUUCUAGAGAUCUUCGAUUGUUGGAUCCCAUGUUCAUUUAUCCCUCUUCCAUUUUAGGAAGGGAGAUGGCUAUUGUUGUCAACCUUGAGCAAAUCAGGUGUAUAAUCACUGCGGAUGAAGUAAUUCUCAUGAAUUCACUGGAUGGUACUGUUGGUCGGUACAGGUCACAAUUAUGCAAUCGGCUCAGGAAAGAAAAGUCUGAUGAUCUUCCCUUUGAAUUUCGGGCAUUGGAGUUGGCUCUGGAAUUGACAUGCACAUCUUUAGAUGCACAGGUGAAUGAAUUAGAGAUGGAAAUUUAUCCCGUGCUAGAUGAACUAGCCUCAUCUAUCAGUACUCUCCUUCUGGAACGUGUUCGAAGAUUCAAAGGUCACCUUCUUGCUUUGACUCAGCGAGUUCAGAAGGUUCGUGAUGAAAUAGAACAUCUCAUGGAUGACGAUGGUGACAUGGCUGAGAUGUGCCUGACUGAGAAAAGGAGAAGAUCGGAUGCCUACCCUUCAAGUGAUUUUAAUCUAAGCCGUACAUCAUCAGGCAAAGUGAUUUCGAAAUCAGAUUCUACUUCACCUGAGCAGUCACUGAGUGGCUUACAGAUGUUGCGUAGGACUUUCAGCAGCAGUAUCGGAAAUUCAAGUAAAUAUGGUAGUUCAACAAGUUCAUCUGAUAAUGGAGAGAGGAUUCAGCCACUGGAGAUGUUGCUGGAAGCAUACUUUAUCGUCAUUGAUAAUACUCUCAAUACAUUAUCGUCGCUCAAAGAAUACAUAGACGACACUGAAGAUUUUCUCAACAUAAAACUGGGAAAUAUCCAAAACCUCCUAAUAAAGUUUGAGAUGCUUCUUACAGCGGCAACAUUGGUGGCUGCAAUAUUUACUGCCGUGGCAGGAGUAUUUGGAAUGAACUUUCAAACCUCAGUUUUUGACUACUCAUCUGGAUUCAACUGGGUUUUAGUAAUUACUGGAAUUGGUUGUGUAGCAUUGUAUUUCUCCUUACUAUCCUAUUUUAGAUACAAAAAAGUGCUUCCAGAAUAAAAAUUCAACAAUAAAUUAAUUGUGCAUUCUAUCAAAAUCAAUUUGGCCAAGCUGACAUGACUGGCAGUUGUAUAUUAUUCACAUAUUUACAUAUUUAUUUGUUUGUCAA